UUUUAUAUUAAUUAUUUCUAAAAAUUUUUAAACAUUUUUUUUAGAGAAAUCAUUUUACAUUUUAUCUAAAACCCAACACAACAAGCUUAAUUGACUGGAGAUGAUAGCAAAUGCGGAUAUAGCAAGACAUUACUUCAUUGAGCGCACAGACCGUAAGAGUUUAUACGCGCACCUCAAAGACCUUGUACAAACCGCGCAAGAGGUAGCGGCUAAAGAGUUGGAGCAACGCCGUCAAACGCUGCGACGCAUGCUGGAGCAUGAAGAUAAGGUCUACGAAGAAGAAUUUGCCAAAAAAGUCAAGUCACGCAUUGACGAAGAUAUCCAAAAACGCAAGAACAUUUUGCUCAGAAUCAAAGAGGAGCGCAAUCGCCAGGAGCAGACAUUCCUGGAGCGGAAGAAGGUGCAGCGACAGUUUGAGAGUUGUUAUGAGAUACGUGAGGCGCUGCGUCACAAAGAAACCUUACAGGUGAAAGAAACACAACUUGAACAAAUAAUCGAGAAAGAGCGCGCUUACAUGCGUGAGCGCCAACAGGAUGAGUUUUGGCUUAAAGUACGCGAUGCCACUGCGCAGCAGUACGAUCAGAGGCAAGCGAAUGAGAAUCAAGUGAAAUGUGUUUUGAAACGCAAUACGCGCUGUGUACUUGAAGAACAAAUGAGAGACCACCAAAGAGAGAUUGAGAGGCAACGUGAGUUGAAGCGUGAGGAAGCCAAGGAGUUGGCCAGAGUUAUGGAGGAGAUGCGGUUAGAAGAUUUCGAUCGCAAACGUUUAGGCCAACCUGCGAAGACGUUCAUCUACCGCAAAGAACUGCUCGAUAUGAUGGCGGAAAAUAAGGCACGACGCGAUGCUGAGGAGUGUGAGCGCGCAGAAGAGCACCGCGAAUUGAUGCGCCAAGUGGCGAAGGAGGAGCAAGAAUGGAGCGCAGCAGUGAUGCAGCGUAAACGUGCCGUCUACAAUGCCACAUUGGAAUACCUCGACUAUGUGCGACGCAUGCGCAAAUUAGAGGAGAGCGCGGAAAAGUUGCGAGAUGCACGCAUUGAUGAUUUGCGGCAUGUGGAUAUCUGCACAAAGAGCAACAUACAGUGGGAGGCGAAACGCAAGGCGGAGAUCGCCGCGCUUUGCUAUGCCGAGCUGCGACGUCAAAUAUGCGAAGAGUACGAGCGGCGAUUACGUGACGUGCAAGAACAACGUGAACAAAAGAUCAUCGAGAAUCGCUUCGCUCGUCCGGAGAAGACACGCGCCGAUAUUAUGGCCGAACGGUGGAAGAUGCGCCAAGGAUUGGAUGAGCAAUUGGCUGAAAAUGCACGAAUACAAGCCGAGGCGGAGGAGAAAUAUAACAACAGUUUGAAGUUGGCAAUCAACGAUUCCGAAUUCUGUCGGCAAUUGGCAGAGAAAUAUUUGAGUGCGGGUGUCGACUAUUUGCCGCCGCACGCCAAUUGGCUGGUAUUCGCGUGUCCACAAAAAGACUUUGUUGGCAAGCAGGCGAUGGAGGUGAUGGAAGAAAAGGCGCCUGGUGAUGGUAAAUCUGAUAUCGUUGACACCUGCGUUAAGCCGUGCGGCUGCAAUGUGCGCACUGGCAUCGAAUGUACGCAGCACAAUUGGGCAAUAUUGAAGCGCGGACCAGACGCCGAAAGAAAACGAAUAGAGCGCGAAACCUGCUAAAGUGCGGAAUGGUUGCGAAACGUUUUUAAAUAUUUUUGUUCUUUUUUUGGUU